AUGAGUUUCCUAAGAGCUGGCUUCGUUGCGAUGCGUGCAACUUCAUCAAGACCAAGCAUGAUGCUCAAUAGCAAUAUUGCUAGAAUUGCAUUUACCCGUUUUUUGUCUCAACAAUCACAAGCCCCCAUCAUCACAAAGCUCCAGCCAGAGGAAGGUCGGGAGAUUGUUGUCAAGCAGCGCCUGAAUCGACCCGUCACUCCAAACCUUGGUAUUUACAAAAUUGGUCAAGUUUGGUUCAGUGCUUCAGCUUGGACCAGAAUCACUGGCCUUAUCGUGGGUGGCACAGCAUAUCUCACAUUAGGCGCCCAUGCUGUUGCUCCUUACCUUGGACUCGGCUUUGACUCUACUGCUUUGGUAACGGCUUUUGGUGCGUUGCCUUUUGUCGCCAAGGCAGCUGUCAAAUUCGGUUUACUAGGAUUCCCUUUCUCGUACCACUUCAUUAAUGGAAUUCGGCAUCUAGUGUUUGACUUAGGAAUUGGAUACAAUAAGGCCCAGUUCAAGAAAUCAGAAGCAGCUACGUGGAUUCUCAGUGUCAUAAGUGGACUGGUAUUGGCAUUUUGGCUGUAG